AUGUUGGACAUGGGAGAUAGGAAGGAAGUGAAAAUGCUGCCCAAGUCCUCUUUCAGCAUCAACAGCCUGGUGCCCGAAGCCGUGCAGAGCGACAACCACAGCGGCCACAGCCACCACAACAGCCACCAUCCGCACCACCACCACCACCACCACCACCACCACCCGCCGCCGCCGCAACAGCCCCAGCGCGCUGCUGCGGCCGAAGACGAGGACGAGGAGAAGGCGCCGUUGCUGCUGCCGCCGCCCGCCACCGGCGCCCUGGAGGCGGCCAAGGCCGAGGCGCUGGCGGGGAAGGGCGAGGCGGGCUCGGCGGCGGCGGAGCUGGAGGAGAAGGAGAAGGCGGCCGAGGAGAAGAAGGGGGCGGCCGACGGGGGCAAGGACGGGGAGGGCGGCAAGGAGGGAGAGAAGAAGAACGGCAAGUAUGAAAAGCCACCGUUCAGCUACAACGCGCUCAUCAUGAUGGCUAUCCGGCAGAGCCCCGAGAAGCGCCUGACGCUCAACGGCAUCUACGAGUUCAUCAUGAAGAAUUUCCCAUACUACCGGGAGAACAAGCAGGGCUGGCAGAACUCCAUCCGCCACAACCUCUCUCUCAAUAAGUGCUUCGUCAAGGUGCCCCGCCACUACGACGACCCGGGCAAAGGGAACUACUGGAUGCUGGACCCGUCCAGCGACGACGUCUUCAUCGGAGGCACCACCGGCAAGCUGCGCCGGCGCUCCACCACUUCGCGGGCCAAGCUGGCCUUCAAGCGCGGCGCCCGCCUCACCUCCACCGGCCUCACCUUCAUGGAUCGGGCGGGGUCCCUCUACUGGCCCAUGUCCCCCUUUCUGUCCCUGCACCACCCGCGGGCCAGCAGCACGCUGAGCUACAACGGGACUGCGUCCGCCUACCCCAGCCACCCCAUGCCCUACAGCUCGGUGUUGACUCAGAACUCCUUGGGGAACAAUCACUCCUUUUCCACGUCCAACGGGUUGAGCGUCGAUAGACUCGUCAACGGGGAGAUCCCCUACGCCACUCACCACCUCACGGCCGCCGCCCUGGCCGCCUCGGUGCCGUGUGGCUUGUCGGUCCCCUGCUCCGGCACCUACUCCCUAAACCCCUGCUCCGUGAACCUCCUGGCGGGACAGACGAGUUACUUUUUCCCCCACGUCCCUCACCCCUCAAUGACUUCUCAGAGCAGCACUUCAAUGACGGCCAGGGCCGCCUCUUCGUCCACAUCGCCGCAGGCACCCUCCACCCUGCCGUGCGAGUCUCUAAGACCCUCUUUGCCGAGUUUCACGACGGGACUGUCCGGAGGACUCUCCGAUUAUUUCACACAUCAAAAUCAGGGGUCUUCUUCCAACCCUUUAAUACAUUAA